AUAAAAACGGGAGGGCUGCCUCCUCUGCAGGAUUCUCUUAUCAUCACUCUCCUCCUCCUCAUCUUUAGCAUCCCUCACAUCCACACACUCAACAAUGUCUGAGCAAACUAUCCUCCGUGUCGGCCUCAUUGGCUGCGGUGAAGUCGCGCAGGUCGUGCACAUCCCCACCCUCAACUUCCUCUCCGACUACUACCAGAUUACCUACCUCUGCGAUGUCUCGCAAAACGCUCUCGAGCACUGCCAGAAGAAGGUCACCGGCGGCGUCGUCCCCGAGAUUACCAAGGACGCCAACGUUCUCUGCAAGUCCGACAACGUCGACGUUGUCUUCGUCGUCAACUCGGACGAGUACCACUGCGCCCACGCCAUCAUCGCUCUCGAGAACGACAAGAGCGUCCUGAUCGAGAAGCCCAUGGCUCUUAACAACCGCGAUGCCGACCUCAUUGCUGAGGCUGCUAAGAAAUCCAAGGGUAAGGUCAUGGUUGGUUACAUGCGCCGAUACGCUCCCAUCUUCGAGGACGCCGUCAAGGAGAUUGGUGGACUCGACAAGAUUAACUACGCUCGUGUUAGAGAUAUCAUUGGACCCAACUCGGUCUUCGUCGACCAGUCCGGCACCUACCCCAAGCGAUUCUCUGACUUCACCCCCGAGGAUGGCGAGGACCGAACUGCCCGUGCCACCGACCUCGUCCACCAGGGUGUCGACGUCGAGACCGGAAUCGAGAACCCCGAGCCGCUCGUCCAGCGCACCUGGCGUUUCCUCAACGGUCUCGGAUCGCACGAUCUGUCGCUCAUGCGCGAGGCCCUCGGAAUGCCCAAGAGCGUUCUUGCUUCCCGUAUCAUGAACGGCAACGGACCUUUCCUGACUGCCCAGUUUGACUACGGCUCUUUCAUCUGCACAUACGAGACUGGUAUCAACUCGCUGCCUGUUUUCGAUGCUUGCAUUGAGAUCAUCGGCCAGAGCAAGUCCGUCAUCGUCCAGUACGACACUCCUUACGUCAAGGGUCUCCCCAUCAUCAUGACCAUCAAGGAGAACCACGACGGUGCCUACCACGAGACUAAGAUCAGAAAGACCUAUGAGGACCCUUACACCGUCGAGAUGAAGAAGCUCUACGACCUCGUCACCAAGGGUACUCCCGUCAAGACCACCCCUCUUGAUGCUGAGCUGGACCUCGAGCUCUUCAGAAUGAUCAUCAAGGCUGCCAAAUAAGCAAUUGAAGGGUUUUAUGUAACAUAAAGAUCAUACAUAUCAAUAAUUAAGCAUUUUGCGGUAGUUGAAUAAACAUGGAUAAAAUAUAAACAGUGUUCACGAUCAAUCUCAUCUAUAGAAAGAGCAUUAUCAAUGUGUUUGUAGUUGUG